GUUGCAACUGGCGAUGGCAUCCUUUACCCAGAUCGUGAUAGUGUCUGCAAUUAGUUACUCCGUAGGGCAAGCUGACUUGCUGCGGCGGGGUAAUUACGACAGAAAAGUCGGUGCCGCCAAAAGCCCCAUCUCACUGAAGCUCUCGACGACCAGCUUCAAGUUGACGUUAGUCAUUCACCUCAACCACACUCUCCCAACAGCCACCACCUUUCGUAGCCGAUGUCCCCGUGCUCGAAUCAUUAGUGUUAUGUCAAAUUCGCAAGACCCGCGUUACGGUGGAUCCAGUCGCUACUGAUCAUGGCUCUGAAAAAGGUGGUGUUAGUCGAGUUUGACGUCCUACCCUACAGGCUGAUAUGUAUGUAUUCUCUCAACACCCAAGGGGCAUAUAGUUGCACCUGACUCUGGGACGUUUUCGCCCUGCAUGAAGGUCACACAUUGGACUUGUCUUCUAUUCUUUCA